AUGAGAUCUUCCGAGUUGAACUGUUCCUCCUGCCUUCAAGAUCCGGUCUGUCCAAAAGUCGUCUCAACGAACCCUUCCAGCCGGAAGGCUUCAGACACGCAGAAGAACUGGCGACUUGUCUUUCGACAGAGCCAGACGGUUCAUCAAACUAAGGUUCAGAUCAGUGAACAAAGAAUCUACUUUCAUCUGGAUCAUCUUUAUUCCUACCACAACCACCUGCAUCGGCACACCUUGUCCGUUGGCUCUGGUCCACACAACCCCAGUUUGGCAGGACUAUGUGAAGGGUACAUGGUCAUACCGGUUGAGAGAAACCCGUGUUCAACGUGUCUGAAGGUGUCCUCCGACGGCCGUUUCACAAACAUUUUCUGCUCCCGCUUGUCCGAUUUGCAACUCGUCCGCCUGCCUAGAUUUGACGAGGUAUCAUAUUUCCGAUUGGACAAGCGCCAUGUUGGUAUGUUUGCAGACAAGCCGGUCUCAGUCUGCUCCACUCAAAUUCAUUCGUCUCUCUCACUCCUCCUCCACCAGCCCCUUUUAUUGCUUCUUCUUCUCUCUCUCUCUCUCUCUCUCUCUUUUUCGCCCUCUCUUCGCCUCUUUCUUUCUUGCUCCCUUUCUCUUCCUGUCCUGCUUUCUCUCUUCAGUCAUUAA